AUGUUUGUAUAUUAUUUUCCAUUAUUGAAAAAGAUCUUUCUUCAACCUACCUUUUGGCCAAGACACCGAAAAGGGCAGAAUCAAUCAAGUAAUCUCUCUCGCACUCUCACUUCCUGGACUGAAUUUUGUUAUUUGAUAUUUUCUCCAUUUUUAAUGGAGGAAAUAUCAUCUGAUAAUAUUCAUGGACUUAUUCUUGCUCUUGCAUCAAGUAUAUUUAUUGGGUCUAGCUUUAUUAUCAAGAAAAAGGGUCUCAUGAAAGCUGGUGCUUCAGGAACCAGAGCAGGUUCAGGAGGCCACUCAUACUUGAAGCAACCUAUGUGGUGGGUUGGGAUGAUUAGCAUGAUUUUAGGCGAAAUAGCAAAUUUUGCAGCGUAUGCAUUUGCUCCUGCCAUUCUUGUUACCCCUUUGGGAGCGCUAAGCAUAAUUGUCAGUGCAGUGUUAGCCCAUUACUUUUUGGAUGAACGAAUGCAUAUAUUUGGUGUUGUAGGGUGUGCACUCUGCUUAGUGGGGUCCACCACAAUUGUGUUGCAUGCUCCACACGAGACACUAAUUAGUUCAGUCAAACAAGUGUGGUAUUUCGCAACUGAGCCAGGUUUUUUGGUCUAUGCUUCCAUUGUAGUGGUUGUUGUUGGGAUACUCAUAUACCAUUAUGAGCCACUUUAUGGGCACACACAUCUAGUGAUAUAUGUUGGAAUCUGCUCUCUUAUGGGCUCAUUAACGGUUAUGUGCGUGAAAGCAGUGGGAAUUGCCAUUAAGCUAUCGUUUUCAGGACAUAAUCAGUUCAUAUACUUUGAAACAUGGUUUUUCACCUUGCUACUUCUUGCUUUCUGUCUUAUGCAACUAAACUAUUUGAACAAGGCACUAGAUACGUUUAAUACAAAUGUGGUUUCUCCGGUGUACUAUGUCAUGUUUACUACCCUCACCAUUCUUGCUAGCAUAAUCAUGUUCAAGGACUGGGACAAUCAGAGUGGGGCCCAGAUUGCAACGGAGCUUUGUGGUUUUGUGACAAUUCUAUGUGGGACUUUUCUUCUUCACAAAACUAAGGAUAUGGCCAUGGUGGGUUCACAUCCACAGGUCACAACUGCAGACACAAACUCCAGACAGCUGGAACUUUGACAUAGAGAGUCUAGAUUAUUGUUAAUAGUAACGGAUUAGAAAAUUUAUAGAAUGGGGAGGAGUGUUACAAAUUGGUUAUAAAUUAUCUUCAGGGAGGCCAAC